AUGGCACAAAAAGACUCAACCCAAGAACACGUCCAGGGAUUUCGUUCAGUCCAAAAGAGCGAACCACAUUCUACCACUUCAGUUCCCCUCGACUCUCCCAAUAUCACCCAUAUCGACUGCUACACCGACCCGGACACCAACAAGGACUUUAUCCUCUGGGAAGAUAUCCAGCAGGCCUUUGACGAGGCCCUCUUUGCCAGGAACAAGACCAGGAUGCUACCCUUUGUGAGAGGAAAGGACCACAGAAUUCUUGAGCCUCGCAGGAUUGCAGCCGCGUCGGACGUCGUCUUGGAUGUUGUUGUGGCUGAUAAACCGAUUGCUGCUACCGAUACUGAAAUUGCAGAUACGAUCGCCACUCUCCAGCGCGCCGUUCAGGAACUUUCUCUCAAAAUGACACGUCAGACCCCCAUCGAAAGCGUCACACAUAACCUGCUCUGUGUCGACGAGCCAGAAGUCAAACAGGACAAUAACCAUAUCGACAGUCAAGAAAACACUUCCCCGCUUCGAGGACCCCCAGCCUUUGAGUUUCAUUCACAAGACAACAACAAUGGCAACACCAUCGAUACUCAGCAUUCAGAGGCGACCAGCAACGCCACAAAGCGAUUAGAUGACACUCAGGGCAAAACCGCUGCUAAGGAUAUGGACCUCAUGCAGAUAAUGAUCCAUGCUAACCAAGGCGAUGUCCAUGCCCAGGUCGCUCUCGGGGAUCGAUACAAGGAUGGCCGAGAGGUGCACCAGGACCACCACGCCGCCUUGGACUGGUACCUUAAGGCCGCUGAACGACAUCACCCUCGGGCUCAGUACAAUAUUGGUCUUCUGUACGAGAAAGAACACGACGAGGAAGGAGACUACAGGGAAGAAAACUACAGGGAAGAAGAUGACGGGGAAGGAGACGACGCGGUCCUACAGGACGGUACCAACGCCUUCGAGUGGUUCCUCAAAGCUGCUCUCCAAGGCUAUGCCGAUGCCCAAGCAAAAGUAUCCCAGGCGUACACCAACGGUGCCGGCAUCUCAAAAGACAACAUCAAGGCGAUGGAGUGGUCGGUCAAGGCAGCCGAGAAUGGACACGCAGGGAUGCAGUACAACAUGGGGGCUGCAUACGAAAAGGGCCAGGGUGUUCCUCAAUCUGACUCCAGAUCCUUUGAGUGGUACCUCAAGUCUGCCGACCAAGGGUUCACCAAGGCCCAGGAGCGAGUUGCUGCUGCGCUCGAGGCUGGUCGGGGCGUCUCGCGGGACGGCCUCAUGGCCGUCAAGUGGUACACCAAAGCCGCCGAUCAAGGUCUUUCAGUGGCUCAAUUCGCACUAGGUCGCGUUCACAAACUAGGCCUCUGUGGUCUCCCUAAAGACCGGUUCGAGGCUGUGGACUGGUUCAUCAAGGCUGCGGUCCAGGGACACACCGAGGCUCAGUCCAUGCUAAGGGAGAUUUAUAACUACGGCACGUCCUAUCGCGGUCCUGACUGUACCAUUGACUUGGAAAUCCAAUCCAAAAUCAAGGGCUGGUUUAUGAAUGCUGCUGACCUAGGCGUGGCGCAUGCUCAGGUCUGUAUGGCAGACAUGUACUUAAAUGGGCGCGGUGUUGAUAAAAACGACUUCAUGGGCUUUAAUUGGUAUCUCAAGGCUGCUGAGCAAGGAGACGAGGGUGCUCAAGUAACUGUAGCCUGCAUGUACUUUAUCGGACAAGGUGUCUCCAUGAGCCGCGAAAAAUAUAUUUGGUGGUACCAUAGACUCGCCUUGGGAGGCAAUAUUUCUGCUAUACACCACCUUGAAGACAUGAAUAAGAUAUAA